GCUGUGCAUCUCAGCCAUCUCCGUCUGUUUAAGGCAGUCAGACCACCUGAGCAACCUUCACAAUGCUGGCUUUGUCAACAUCCAAUAGCAGUUAUUCUGGGCGCUUCGGAGGUGGAGGCAUAAGUGGAAGUGGAGGCAGUGUCCGAAAGAUGUAUGCUUCAAGCAUGCACGGUGGUGCAGGUGGACAUGGAGCAAGAAUUUCGGUUUCUGCUGGUGGUGGUGGUGGAUAUAGUUUUGGCAUGGGAGGUGGCAGUGGUGCAGGUUUCGGUAGUGGCGCAGGCUUUGGUGCUGGUGGAGGUGCAGGCUUUGGUGCUGGUGGAGGGUUUGGUAGUGGCGCAGGCUUUGGUGGUGGCGCAGGAUUUGGUGGUGGCGGCGGGGAUAUCAAUGUUGGUGCCAAUGAAAAGGCCACCAUGCAGAACCUGAAUGACCGUCUGGCCUCCUACUUGGAGAAGGUGCGCAUGCUUGAGAAGGCCAACGGUGAACUUGAGCUCAAGAUCAGGCAGUUCUUGGAAACUAAGACCUCCCCUUCGGCCCGUGACUACUCAGCUUAUGAGGCCACUAUAGCUGACCUAAGAGAUAAGAUCCAUGAUGCCAUUUCUGUCAAUGGAGGCAUCUUUCUGGCCUGUGAGAAUGCAAAGCUGGCAGCAGAUGACUUCAGAACCAAGUAUGAGAAUGAGCUUUCUAUGCGUACAUCAGUGGAGGCAGAUAUUGCUGAGCUAAAGAGACUAUUGGAUCAGCUGACACUAUGCAGAUCUGACCUGGAGAUGCAGAUAGAAGGCCUCAAGGAGGAGCUCAUCUUCCUUAAGAAGAACCACGAGGAGGAAAUGGCAGCAAUGAGGAACCAGAUGACUGGUCAGAUCAAUGUAGAGGUGGAUGCAGCACCACAACAAGACCUGAACAGUGUUUUGGCUGAGAUCCGUGACCAAUAUGAAUCUAUAACUGCCAAAAAAAAGAAAGAACUUCAAGCUUGGUUUGAUCAAAAGUCAGAGGAGUUGAGCAAAGAGAUCACAGUGAGCACAGAAAUUCUGCAAACAUCCAAAACAGAAAUCACUGACCUCCGUCGCACACUGCAAGGCCUGGAGAUUGAAUUACAAUCACAGUUAAGCAUGAAAGCAGGUUUGGAAAACUCUCUGGCUGAAACAGAGGCACGGUAUUCUAUGAAGCUUCAAGGCCUCCAGAUGCAAGUGACAAGCCUGGAGGAACAGUUGAUGCAGCUGCGUGCCGAUACUGAGCGCCAGAGCCAAGAAUACAAGAUGCUCCUUGACAUCAAAACUCGCCUGGAAAUGGAGAUCGCACAGUACAGGAAGCUGUUGGAUGGAGAGGGCAGCAUCCAAAGCACUGGAUCUUCCAGCAUCACCAAUAAAAAAGUGGUCGUGGUCACUGAGGAAAUAAGUGAUGGCAAGGUGGUGUCCUCCAGUACCCACACCACCAGUACCUAAGCUGUCUCAAACAGCAAACACAGCACAACAUCGGGAGUACACAAAUUCCACAUCUGAGUCACUACUACUUCCUUUAAAUACUAAAGUGAUGCAAUAAAAGCCUCUCAGUUUGCUGACUUUAA